CAGAGAAUCCAGUCAGACUCAGCCAUUUACUCUUACCUCAAACCAGUCAGCUCAGUCCACCACCGACCAACAAAGACCACAAACUCAAACAAUUGCAGCUACAAAUGUGGGGCCGAGAAUCUCUCUCUCUUGGGGAAUGAUCUAAACCCUCCUGGGGUCCAAAGGGUUGUAGUUGAACACAUUGUGCGCAGAGAGGAUGUAAAUCUUCAACCUCCAUCUUCCUUUAGACUACGUACCUUCUCAGGGAAACUUCCAAAACCUCAGCAUGAGGCAGAUUAUGAAUCCUGGAGGUCUCAAAUAGAACUUUUAAAUGCAGAUCCAAGUCUUGCACCUCUACAUGUUACAAGGCGCAUUUUGGAAGGUUUACUACCUCCAGCUGCUGACCUAGUGAGAGGUUUGGGGCCCAAUGCCCUGCCUGCAGAAUUUUUGCAAGUACUUGAUUCUGCAUAUGCUACUGUUGAGGACGGAGAAGAGCUGUUUGCAAAAUUUUUAAACACGCUUCAGGACCAUGGGGAACGACCAUCUUCUUAUCUGCAGAGACUCCAGUUAGCUCUCAGUACAGUGGUGAAGCGUGGUGGGAUUCCGGCAACUGAAAUGGACAAAUAUUUGUUAAAACAAUUUUGUAGGGGUUGCUGGGAUAAUGGCUUGAUAAACAAACUUCAACUAGAAAGGAAAAAAGACCAACCACCUUCCUUUUCAGAGUUUUUAUUAACGCUUAGAACAGAAGAAGACAGACAGUUGGCAAAAGAGAUGUUGAUGAAAAAGCAUAUUCGAUCAGUCAAGCACCGUGUUAAUGUACAAGCUCAUACCACCAGCGCAUGCUCAUGUGGCCAUCUGUCAGACUCAGGUGCUAUUGAAGACUUGCGGAAGCAAAUGCUAAAGCUGCAGAGUCAAAUGUCAGCCCUGUUGUCCAAGGACUCCAACUCUGCUAAACCAGAAAAUCAGCAGAAAAAACAGAAACCAAAAUCUGGCCAAACCAGUAGUAGGCCAAAGCCCUGGUUCUGCUUUAAGUGUGGACAGGAUGGUCACAUUGCUCCUAACUGUUCCAGUCAGCCAAAUUCCAGCCUGGUUGAAGAAAAACGCUGCCAGCUGAAACAAAAACGGCAGUUCUGGGAGAAAAGUAAACCAUCAAACUAGAAGCAGUUCUUACUGAGGGACAAGUCGGAGCUGCAAUCAGUGAAUGUCCCCACACCAAAGACUCAUCUUCAUAUUUCCCAUUACCUAAAGGAUUAGUGGUGAUCUGGUAUUUUGUAUUUUUAUCUUUUUAUUAUCUUUUUAUUAUCUUUUUUAUUAUCUUUUAUGUUCUUUGAUAAUCAUUCAUUAUUGUUCUAUUUUCUAUUCAUUUAUUAUUCUAUUAUUGUUCUUUAUAAUUUGAUCUUUCUUUGUUAGAUAAAACUUAUUCUGCUCAGAGUAUGGUGCAAAUUGAUCAUGCUGCAAGCUCAUGCGGAUCACGUGAACAGGGCGUGCUUAGCUCUGGUUGACUUGGGUUGGGCUCUGAUUGGUCUGCUGGUUCACGCUCUCAGCCCAUGAUUGGCUCAUGGUCAGAGAGCGGCUACCUCUGAUUGGAUGGCUUGCCUGCAAGGAUGGAAAUGGCCAUUCCCCCUUUGCACGCAGGCAUCCCUUUGUUUAAGAGAUAAAAUAUGAAAAAGCCCGCGGUUUUUGUCAGUCUGCUGUGGAUCGCGUUCGAAUGCCCAGCUACGUUGAUGCUGCUGCUUGUCUCUAGGCCGAAGGCUCUCCGGUUUUCACGAGGUAAGCGCUGACAACUUGAAUGAAUCGAGCAUCACGUGUUUAGUCAUAGAGUGUUUUGUACUGUAUUCUGUGGGGAAUAAAUCGAGCAUAUUUGUUCUAGCAGUAACAGUGUUUGAUGCAUGUUAUUUUGCUGUAAUCUGUGGGGAAAUAAAUCGAGCACAUUUAAUUCUAGCAGAAACAGCGUUUGGUUUCGUUAUUGCCGCCGAUCUCCUUCGACCCUGAUUUAAAAUUUCAUAAAACAUUUUGGCGUCACGAACAGGAUUUUAAAGGGGACUGCGGCAAAUAUGUUUAACAUGUUUAAGAGAAAGAAUAAAAAUAAGAGUAAGUAUGACGUUGGGAAAAAAGUUGAAAUAAUCCCUGGCUGGGAUGAGCCUCACCAAGAUAUAGCGCAGUGUUUGCGCGAGGGGGGAGGGCGACCCGAGCCGUGGGGAGAUGUGCUGCGGGAAGCUGAGCCGCCGGAGUUGUUAGCUGUUUUGCAAAACAUCGAGGUGGAGGCCAAAAGCCCUGUUGCCGGAUUGCAAAGGCGUAUGUGGGCUUGCGCAACCGCUUGG